AGGCGAUUUAAAUAUUCCAUCGAGGAUGGCGGCCCCUGACUCAAGACCUGCCGCUGCCGCGUGGUUUUCUCGGCAGCAGCCCAGAUGUCAAACAGUUGUUCGUUUUCAGCAUGCACGAUGUGAUUUUCCAAUGUGCAUUCCCAGCGCUUUUGCAAACAGACCGCCGCGAGUCCGUGUGUGCCUGCCUCGCUCACGCUGGUGUUUUGAAGUCCUACCCUGUGUUUUCCCCAAUGCCAAACGGCAUUUUUGUUGUGGGGUUUAAACCACAGAGACUUUGGCUUUUGUUUCAUUUCCCAACAGUUCCUCAUUCCCGAAGCUUGUGGCAUUUGGUACUGGUGUCUGAGCAGGGGCUGGCUUUCUGUUUGUCUGUGUGUCUUUUGCAUGAUCUUGGAUCGUCACCCUGCUGUAUCUAAACAUUAAAAAGCCUGUCUUUUCGUUGAAGAGGACAGGGGUUAAAAUGAAUGAAGACCUGAAGGUCAAUUUAAGCGGGCUGCCUCGGGAUUAUUUAGAUGCCGCUGCUGCGGAGAACAUCUCGGCUGCUGUCUCCUCCCGGGUUCCUGCCGUAAAGCCAGAGCCUGAGCUCGUAGUCAACCCCUGGGAUAUUGUCUUGUGUACCUCGGGAACCCUCAUCUCCUGUGAAAAUGCCAUUGUGGUCCUUAUCAUCUUCCACAACCCCAGCCUGCGAGCGCCCAUGUUCCUGCUGAUAGGCAGCCUGGCUCUUGCAGACCUGCUGGCCGGCAUUGGACUCAUCAUCAAUUUUGUUUUUGCCUACCUGCUUCAGUCAGAAGCCACCAAGCUGGUCACCAUCGGCCUCAUUGUCGCCUCUUUCUCUGCCUCUGUCUGCAGCUUGCUGGCUAUCACUGUUGACCGCUACCUCUCACUGUACUACGCUCUGACGUACCAUUCGGAGAGGACGGUCACGUUUACCUAUGUCAUGCUCGUCAUGCUCUGGGGGACCUCCAUCUGCCUGGGGCUGCUGCCCGUCAUGGGCUGGAACUGCCUCCGAGACGAGUCCACCUGCAGCGUGGUCAGACCCCUCACCAAGAACAACGCGGCCAUCCUCUCGGUGUCCUUCCUCUUCAUGUUUGCGCUCAUGCUUCAGCUCUACAUCCAGAUCUGUAAGAUUGUGAUGAGGCACGCCCAUCAGAUAGCCCUGCAGCACCACUUCCUGGCCACGUCGCACUAUGUGACCACCCGGAAAGGGGUCUCCACCCUGGCUAUCAUCCUGGGGACCUUUGCUGCUUGCUGGAUGCCUUUCACCCUCUAUUCCUUGAUAGCAGAUUACACCUACCCCUCCAUCUAUACCUACGCCACCCUCCUGCCCGCCACCUACAAUUCCAUCAUCAACCCUGUCAUAUAUGCUUUCAGAAACCAAGAGAUCCAGAAAGCGCUCUGCCUCAUUUGCUGCGGCUGCAUCCCGUCCAGUCUCGCCCAGAGAGCGCGCUCACCCAGUGAUGUGUAGCACCCUUGCACCCAGGAGGACUCUGCAUUUACCAAGCACUUCCACUGCCUGGCCAAGGUUUGAGAUGCUUGCCUUGAAUUCCUUGCAUUGGAUUCCCUCUCAAGCCACAGGAGCACUUAGCACUGGUGAAGCAAUGACAUCGUUUAGAUGAGUUAAGUAAUUGAAGUGAAAAUAAUGUUACCGGUGUUUUCACCAUUAAAAAAUACUGUUGAGAUCUUCACUCACUAUUAUUUUGUUUUGCUUGGGGGCAGGGGUUUCCUUUUGUAUUUUGUUUGGAGGGCUGAUUGGGGGUAGGAAAGGAAGGGAUAUGAUAUGCCCAUGAUGUUGUAAGAAGUCAAUGAGUUUCAGAGUUUUUACCUGGACUUUAAAAUAAAUUUGAGUGAUUGAGGAAAA